UGGGGCGGAGGGACGCUGGGAGUGGCGGUUGUUUCAAGAUGGCGGAUGUGGCCGCGGGGCUGAAGCCGGAAGGAGCCGCUUACUGGAGCCGGGACCUUUCAGAUGAAGACCGGCAACCUGUGUAUGUCCCAGGGGUUUCUGACGAGAGGAAUUUGAGACCUAGGCAACUGCGGAAAGGGCAGAAGACGGAAGCAAAGGCCAAAGGAGCAGCGGCUUCGAAUCCCGCCCCCAUGGAGGUCCUGAAAAGGAUUGGAGAAGAAGCCGGGCAGCAGGAGCCGGACAAAGGAGAAACCAAGAGUGCUUCUUUAAAGGAUUUAUGCCCCGAAGACAAGAGGCGCAUCGCAAACUUAAUUAAAGAGCUGGCAAGAGUGAGCGAGGAAAAAGAGGUGACCGAGGAACGCCUGAAAGCUGAGCAGGAGGCGUUUGAGAAGAAGAUCCGACAGCUGGAGGACCAGAAUGUCCUCAUCAUCAAAGAGAGGGAAGCCCUGCAGCAUCAAUACCGCGAGUGCCAGGAACUGCUCAGCCUCUAUCAGAAAUAUCUCUCCGAGCAGCAGGAAAAACUCACCCACUCCCUUUCCGAGCUGGAGGCCACGAAGCAGAAGGAGCAUCAGAUGUCCAGCCAGAGAGGUCAUGGUCAGCUGGCGCCGGAUUCAGACCUGCAUGGCUCCUACCUUGGUGUCGCUAAACUACAGACUUUGCAUAAGGAUCACAACUUAACUCGUAGAAGCCCUAGUCUUCAACCUUCAACUCGACCCGGUAGGAAUAGGGGUGUCCUUGAGGCCGGCAUCCCUGGAUGUCAAACGGAGGCCAAGAACAGUGGUCUUUUGCAAAACGGAUUGCCCCAUAAAUGCAACCACGGGGCGUCUCCAGCCACGCGGCCGUUGGCUCCCCAACUUAGGAGAACUCCUGAUGGGGAGAAGAGGAGGAACGGCUGUCCUCUUCCAGGGUGCCCCUUCCAUCAAAAAUUAGGAAACUCGGCUCCUCACGAGUCUUUUCAAGACGCUUGCCGCGUUCGAGACCGAUACCCGGGGGUCCCGUGUGAAUCCUCCUUGGAAUAUUUCGGCUCACCGCACCUUCAGAGGCCGAAGGCCGGCGAUGUCACGAGAGCGAAAGAAGCCAAUCACUGGGGCCGGAACUUCUCGGAAGAGAAAAGGAAAGAGCUCCUGCUCCAGAAAAUUGAGCUGGAAAUCGAGAAGGAGCGUCUGCAGAAUUUGUUAGCGGAGCAAGAGGCCAAGCUUCUCCAGCAGCAAGAGCAGCUCCAGCAAUCCAGGCGGGAGUAUCACCGGUUUAAAACCCGCGCUGGCAAUCCGGAAGAUGGGCUGAUGGGGGAAGCGCUGAUGGGACCAGGCUCCUCGGCUCCGGCCAUGAACGGGAUUUGUGAUGGCCUUAGUUCCCCAAAGAUGGAUUGUGAAGGUUGCCUUUUAAGGACACCCUCCAGGAGAAGCUUCCAAGCACCAGAAGGCAACGAAAGGGUUGAUUCGGGGAUGAAGAGCCUGGGCUUCAAUAGUGACAUGGACGGCCCCACUCUUUGGGACAGCACGAAGAAGGAGCCUGUCAGGACCAAACGAGGGACGUCUGGGAAGGAUCCCGCCACGUCUCCUGGAGUGACAGCCAUCAAGAAGGAGCUUGUGACUGCAGCCACCUCCCCAAUGCAGCAAGGAGCUUGGCGAUACGAGACUUCUCUCCUUGACCUGGUGGCUGCCAUGAGCCCGAGCCGGCAAGAAGAUCACCACGGCUUUCCCAGAGGGAUCCAGCCCCAGAGCAGAACCUGCGGGAACCCCCGCUGGGAUUGGAGAUCCCCCAGAGCCAAGAACGGGCUGGACGAUUUGGAAGAGAGCCGGAUAUUGGAGGAAAUCUUUUUCAUUUGAGGGUCUUGGGGGUGGGUGGGGGUCUCCGAGGACUUUUUUAAUCCCUUCCUCUUUUCUCGUCUGGGUGUGUUGACGUGUUCAGGAUCUUUUAAAUUAUUUGUCUGACCGACGAUUGUCUCCCCUCCCCCCUCCCCCUUAGAGAACCGGACACGGUAGCUCCCCUCCCCCACCUCUGAAUCAUGAUAGAGACGAACUGCAUGGAGUGUUAGUGGAAACUUUCCAGGGGAUUUUUCUCUUCCGGGAUUUCAUUGCUGAAGGGGGCGGAAAAGUCAAAGGAUGGGUGUCUCCUUAUUGAGUUUUGAUUUUUUUAUUUUUUUAUUUUUUUUUAGUGGUGGAAACCGUUUUCCAGGGCUUAGUCUCUCUCUCUCUCCUUCCCUCCCUCUCCCUCUUUUCUCCGUUCCUUCCUCCUUCCCUCCCUCUUUCUCUCUUCUUGUCCCCUCCUUUUCUCUCUCUCUCUGUCUCCCUCUAUCUCUUCCUCUCCUUCCUUCCUCCUUUCCUCCCUCCCGUCCUCUCCCUCGCCCUCUUUCUUCCUCUCCCCUCCCUCCUACCCCGCUCUCCUUCCUUCUCUCUCCCACUCCUCUUUCCCUCUCCCUCCAACUCUCUCCCUUUUUUCUUCUCUCUCUCCUUUUCCCUCUCCUCUCCUCUCCCUCCUUCCUCUCCUUUUCCCUCUCCUCCCUCUCCCCUCCCUCUGGCUCCCUUUCCCUCUCCCUCUCCCUCUCCUCCCUCCCUCUCCCUCGCUUUCUCUAUCACGUACCCAAGGCCAUUCCAGCAGUAUAAUUUUCCAUUAGCAAAGCAAGCUGUUGGAAUGGAAAGCGCGGUGCUUUUCCCAAAAUACAUUCCCGGGAAUUACGAACCAUUUCCCUUUGUCUUUUUAGGCAGGUAGCUUUAAAAGUUGCUCUCUGCGCUUCAAUGACUUUCUUCCCAGUUAAAUGACCCUUUGAUAGAAGACGCCUCUUUAAAGAAAAUAAAUAAAUCCAGGGUGCAUUGGAUGCAGUGUGUCUGAAAUACCAUUCUCCCCUUCAUUUUAUUUGCUUACUCUCUUAAGCAGAACGGAGCUCCAUCUCCAUCGGAGCUGCUCCGGUUCGCGGUCGAGAGAGACAAAGCACCGGACUUGUAGGGCGAAAUUAAUUCACUCCGUGUUUUCUGAGUCUAAAAGGCUUCCUUCACUUCUGCAACCUCUUGCCUUGAUGUUGUAAAUAAAGACGAAUCAGUAAUUAUUUCCACUCACCCCUGGUAAUGCAUGUUUCGCCUUCUGACUUUAAUUAUUCAUGCUGUAGCUGUUCUAGUUGGUUUUCGAAGGAGCUUUCCCCUCGUUGCUGCUCCGUUACUUAAAGAAAGAUGUAAAAUU